GGCUGUCCAGCUGUGCAGUGCAGCGCUAGUACUGUAGAAGUGGAAUAGUAAACACUGUGCCUGUCUGUCCGGCGGUAGUUCCGGGUUCUGUCUUAAUUUCUGCUUUGUUGUCCUCGUCUUAUGUUGUAGGCAAAAAUUCACUUUCGCCCACUUUAGGCAAUCAUGGCUCUUCUAAUGGAGCACCAGUUCCGGCAACUUCCAGCCGACAAACAAGUGGAAACCCGGCCGUUUCUCGAGGCGGUGUCUCACCUUCCUCCUUUCUUCGAUUGCCUUGGCUCUGCUGUUUUUUCCCCCAUCAAAGCUGAUAUUGUGGGUAACAUCACUAAAAUCAAGGCUGUGUAUGACAGCAACCCUACCAGGUUUAAAACCCUGCAGCACAUUUUGGAAGCAGAGAAGGAGAUGCAUGGAACCGAGUGGCCAAAAGUAGGAGCAACACUUGCCCUCAUGUGGCUGAAAAGGGGGCUACGCUUUAUCCAGGUUCUUCUCCAGAGUCUAGUGGAUGGGGAUAAAGAUGAAAACAACCCUAACCUCAUCAGAGUCAACAUCACUAAAGCUUAUGAGAUGGCAUUGAAGAAGUAUCAUGGCUGGUUUGUCCAGAAGCUCUUUCAAGCAGCACUAUAUGCCGCACCAUACAGAUCAGAUUUUCUCAAAGCUCUUUCAAGAGGGCGAGAGGUCAAGGAGGAAGAAUGCUUGGACAAAGUGCGGCAGUUCCUAGUAAACUUCACAGCUACUAUUGACGCAAUCUAUGAAAUGUACACUAAAAUGAAUGCAGAGCUGGACUACACUGUGUGAUCUCUCAUUCACAAAACAAGCAAAUUUCAGACCUCAUCUUCUGCCCUCCCACUGGAUCACUGUCGCCUCCCAUUAGACACCUCCUUAGUCUCCUCACUGGACUGUUCUUCGGCACUACUGGAUCCUGCAUCUCCAGCAGUAUACUGUUGCAUUUUCUCUAGGGGGACAAUUAUGGUCCAAGCUGCUGAAGUCUCUGACGGUUUCAGAAGGGAGGAUGUCUGUUAUUGUUUGUUCUGUUCGUGUUGACGGUUUGAAUGCCUUGGCUUUUCUUUAGAAGAGUAGUAUUCUUAAAAAAGACAGUUUGUGAGUGUUUUAUCAUUUUAACUACUAAUCCUUUCUGUUUGAUUCUUAAUACAUGUGCACUUUAAGUAUGUGCAUGGAAUGGUUCUGUAUGUGCUCCUUUAACAAUAGACUGCAAAUGAGGGUUUUAAUUUUACUUAUAUAAAUUAUACCAAAAACAAAAGUCUGCAGACUCUCUAACCAAAUAUCUGACAUUGACUGUACUGCUGUUUGUUUUUGCUUUGGAUUCUAUUUUAUGAGAAAAUAAUACUUGAAAAUGACAUAAAAUAUAAAGAAACCACUUCCUUAGAAGUGGCAAUGAAGCCACUCUAUUGAGUUGCAAAACAACAUAUCCAGUAAAUAGUAAAACCUCUGUAAUAUUUUCUUAGAUUUACUUCUACAAGACAUAUUAAGACUCUUAUUAUAUGGAUGACUGAAUCUUCAUUGACGUAAUUGGUCUGAUGUUCUGUUUAUGUAAUAUAAUGGAUAAGUAUUGUUGGUUUGUAGGUUUUAAUUUGUCAUUCCCAAAUUAUCAAAGGUUAAAUUCACUGAACAACAUUUCAGUUCUAUCCCAGGUUACACCACUGCAACAACACUAGUACACUUCACAGUACAACAUACAGUGCAUUCUGAAGAUGUUGUUUUAACAAGUGGACUUUGUCUGUUAUUGUUGUCAACUGAGUUGACAUCAAUAAAAGCUGAUUUCUUUGAAUUAUUUUUGUCAAAGAGUGUAUCUCACUGGUGUAGAGGACGGACAAAACUGAAGCAGUACAUCAUGAUGACCAUGUGACGGAUGCCUUCUGGUGCUGUUUUGCUUUUCCACUGUAAUUUAUUAUCUUAAUGUGUCUCACAUCGAUCAUAGUUAUGUGUAGUCUCUUUAAAAUCUCAUUAAA